GAACAACACCAUCUCAGCCGUGGAGCCUGGCUCUUUCCAGAGCCUCGGUCAGUUAUUGGAGCUAGCACUGAAUGGAAACCGCAUCCAUUUGGUGACAGCUGACAUGUUUCAGGGACUCGAACAUCUACGCAUUCUGUACCUGGCACGAAACGACAUCACACGGCUGCUGGACUACACCUUCCGUGGCCUACCGCGUCUGCAGGAGCUCCACUUACAGCAUAAUAGUAUAGAGACGUUAGCCGACCAGGCUUUAGUUGGUUUGACUUCUCUGGCUCUGCUGGACCUGAGUAGGAAUAACCUCCACACAAUUGGCCCUGCAACACUGCGACCUCUAGUGAGCCUGCAGGUCCUGCGUAUCACAGAUAAUCCAUGGCGCUGUGACUGUGCGUUGCACUGGCUGAGGACCUGGAUUGAUGAAGAGGGUCAGCGUCUGCUUAGCUCUGCAGAACGUCGACUAGUUUGCAUCGAGCCACCACGCCUGUCACAUCUGAGCUUGGUGGAGGUUCCUCUCAACAGCUUGGUCUGUAUCCCUCCCUUGGUGCAGCUGGAGCCCAAGAGGCUUGCAGUGCAUCUGGGAGAGAGCCUCAGGGUGUCGUGCCAUGCCACUGGUUAUCCUCGGCCACAGGUGACCUGGAGGAAAGCUUCCCAGGGUAAAGUAGUCCUUUCUCCCAGAGGCCUGGUUCAGGAGUUGGAUGCAGGUGGAGGUGGAAUGGGAGGAGCAGAGGAGCCCUCGCAGGAAGGCAGAGUCAGUCUCCAGAAGACUAAUGGCGAACUCUUUGACCCCGACACUGGCAGUGGCAUGUUGUUUCUCAGUAACGUAACUGUGGCUCAUGCAGGCUUCUAUGAAUGUGAAGCAUGGAACGCAGGAGGUGUGGCUAGAGUCACCUUUCAACUUGCCAUCAACUCAUCAACAUCCUCCUCAUCUUCUUCCUCCAUCUGGGCUUCAUGGUCCCAGGUGUCUCUACCGUACUCACCUGCCUGGCCUCGACUGAGGAGCCACGGUCCUGCUUUGGGCUCAGAUGUAAGCCGGGAACCCCUGUAUGCUCUGGGCAGCAUGGCCUUCAGUGCUCUGGGAGCUGCCACUCAGACUGCCAUUGCUGUGGGCAUCUCACUGCUGACUUUGACUGCUCUGCUGCUAGUCGCCAUGAUCUACAGUCGACAUCACCAACGGGACAAAGAGGCUGAUGGGGCUGAAAAGGAGGAGAGCAUCUUGUAUGUGAAUGACUACUCUGAUGGCCCCACUACCUUCGCCCAGCUGGAGGAGUAUCGUGAUGAGCGUGGCCAUGAAAUGUAUGUCCUCAACAGGGCCAAGCCUGUGCUUCCUCCUGCUCCGCCAACAGCUGUGUCCACCACUAACCUGGGCUGUUCAGCACCAUCCGAUACCUCCAGCCACACCCUCUCCUCGGGCCCUGGCCAGACCAUGAGCCCCACUCUGGCCCCUGACAAGCAGCAGCAGCAGGAUGGUGACAUACGGACCAUGAGGAGAAUGGCAGGAGAAGGAGGGGAGGCAGAGCCCGUGAUCACAUUAGAGGCAGAAGGAAUGUUUCUCAACCACACAGGCCUCUUCAUAGACUCUCCCAUUGCUUAUGAGAUUCACUGCUAAAGGAAGAAAGCAAUCCUGGAAGACAGAGCAAAAUAUGUGUGUGACCCAGUGGUUUACAGCUCAGCCUUUCUUGUUUAUGGACUAACAGGAGGCCAUUAUUGGGAUGUACCAAAAAAGGCACAGAAGUACUUUUCUGUGUGAAAGGAUUUUCCUUCUGCAAAACUACACUGACAAAUGUUAAUGGAGUCAAUUCCAGUACAAAGCAGAGCUCAAACUCUGUCUGACCUCUAAAACACAGACAUACUGUGAUGUUGUUUGCCAAAAAAGCGAGUAGGUGAGUGACUCGGUGGUCAGUCAGAGGCUCCUAUACUCCAAGACAUUAACUACAGCUUCACUGUCCUGCACAUGAUUAACUUUCACACAUUUUAGCAUUACUGGUGUGCUAACAUCUGCCCUGUCAAGACCUCAGAGCUCACUGGGAGGCUGAGUACAGGAAAGAGAGAAAUCAUGGCCCCCUCCGGUUCAUGAAUAUGUGGGAAAUCUGUGUUAUAUAGCCUAACUGCUGUCAGUGUCUGGAAGUUUUAAUUUAAUCCCAGGGUAGAAAUACAGUGCAUUUUGUAAUUAUAUAACUGUGUAGGAAAAUGUCAGUCUGAGUUUUAUUCUCAUUCUCUCUCAUCAUCAUUUUACUCAUCUGUGUUGCUUAGUGUCCUAACAGACACAAAAAAUGAAUCUCUCCUCUCUGUAGUAUGAACUGAGCUCAGUUUACCCCAACUCUUUUGGAUUUAUCCGUCUUUAUUGAUACUAGCAUGUGCGGUUGGGAAUGAAUCUGAGUUGCUGCUGAGUUUUCCAGUCCACACGGAGGCAGAGUUCUUAGCUGAGCAAAAAACAUCAGCUAUACGAUACGUAUUUGACUGCUUCUGAAUGAACGAGCUGCUGUGAUUGAGAAAUAAAGUUUUCAAAGCAGAAAGAGACAAGGCUCGAAAAAACAAGAAAUGAAGCUACCUGACUGAAUGUUUUUGCUUUUAAAUGAUCACGUGUGAAUUAUUGUUGCCUUUAUAAACUGAGAGAAUCUUUUGUCUCUU